UUAAUUUUAAAACUGCCAAAGAUUAGAAUAAAAUUAUCGACGAAGAAUAAAGACGUAGAAGCGAAGGAAAAAGAAUCGAAAAUUGUUUUCGACCGGAAUUCGAAAGUAAACGGCCGAGACGUUCCAUACGGGAUACGUAUAGCACGUGUCGCCUUCCACCAAUCAGAAGGAAAUAAAUUUUGGGUGGGAUAAACGCGGUUAUUAGGGUUCGACGUUCCGUGAUGAGAAAAUGGAGAAGGACGUAAUAUUUUUAUUCCUAAUUAUAUCUUUAUUAUUUACGUCCGUUAAAGCAGGUGAAUGCAAUACUCCAUUAUUAGACAAUGCAAAGUUGACAGCUACUUCUGAAGCAGAUGUAGAUCGUAGUGCUGAUAAAGGAAUAUUACAUGGAGGUGGAGCAUGGACUGCAAAGAUUGCUGAUUUCAGCCAAUAUUUAACAAUUGAAUUGCCAGAUAAAUACAACAUUACUGCCAUUGCUACUCAGGGAAGACCUUAUACAUCAGAAUAUAUAGAAGAAUAUAAAAUUUAUUACGGACAUAGUGAAAGUGAUUAUUCAGAAUAUAAAGAUAAAGAAGGAAGUACAAGGCUUUUUAAAGGAAACACUGAUGGUGAUAGUGUUCAUACAAAUUAUUUUGAUACCCCAAUUAUUGCACGAUGGAUUCGUAUAAAUCCUACCAGGUGGCGAGAUCGUAUUUCUAUGAGAAUAGAAUUAUAUGGAUGUCUUUAUGUGUCCCACACUGUUAAUUUUGAUGGAAAUAGUUAUAUCGUUAAGGAUCUUAAGAGAUAUCCAGUAAUGUCACAAAAAGACAAAAUUCAAUUCAGAUUUCGUACCAAUCACAUGGGAGGAGUGAUUUUAUAUAGCAGAGGAACUCAAGGAGAUAUUCUUGCUUUACAAUUGAUUGAUAAUCAGCUGUUGUUAAAUAUUGAUUUAGGUGGAGGAAUUCCAACAAGCAUGUCUGUGGGAAGUCUUUUAGAUGAUUACUUAUGGCAUGAUGUAUCAAUUAUUCGAGAUAAAAGAGAAAUUUCAUUUACUGUGGAUCGUUUGGUUGUUAAAGAUAAGAUAAGAGGAGAUUUCUCACAUUUAGAUUUAAAUAGAGAGAUUUUUAUUGGUGGCUUAUCCAAUUUUAAUCAAGAGGGUUUGGUAGUUAAGAAAAAUUUUACUGGAUGUAUGGAAAACUUUUUUAUUAAUGAUACUAAUGUGUUUGAAGAAUUACCACAUGACAGAGGUCUUACCUAUCAGCAGUAUGGAAUUACUUACUCCUGUUGGUACACGAAAACAUAUCCAGUAAAUUUCAGGACCUCUUCUGCCAGUAUUAAAAUUCUCGGUAGCAUGCAACCACAGCUGGAUACUAGUUUUGAGAUGAGAACUUUUAAUGAAGAUGGAAUAUUAUAUUAUAAUGAUUUUACAUCUGAUGGAUUUGUAAAAUUAUUCCUUGAUAAAGGAAAAAUUAAAAUUGAGAUUCAAGGAAAGGACACACCCAAAGCUAUAACAAUUGAGCCAUUUGAUGAAAUAUUAAAUGAUGGAAAAUGGCAUUCCAUAAAGAUUUUAUUAAAUACAAAUAAAAUUGAAUUGCAUGUUGAUGGAAAGCCAAGUAUUACUACUAGAAAAUUCUCAUUGAUGACGGGAGCAUAUAACUAUUUUGGUGGAUAUAAAACUAGCAAUGAAGGAUUUAUUGGAUGCAUGAGACUUAUUUCAAUGUUUGGAACUCGAAUACAAGUAAAUCGCUUAUUUGCAGACACUGAUUCUCCUGAUAAAAUUAUUUUUGAUGCUUGUAAUAUGGUUGAUAGAUGUAAUCCUAAUCCAUGCGAACAUGGUGGUAUAUGUAAACAAAAUUCUCAAGAUUUUUUCUGUGUUUGUCCAGAUGGAUAUGUUGGAGAAGUUUGUCACAUAGCUAAACAUCCUCUUUCCUGUGAAGCAUACAAACUUGCUAAUAAAGAUUCAGGAAGAAUAGACAUAAGUAUAGAUGUAGACGGAAGUGGACCAUUAGAACCAUUUAAGGUCACAUGUGAAUUUCCUUUUGAAGAGCCUGCCUUGACAAUUUUACAUCACAAGCAUGAAUAUCGUACUGAAGUUAAAGGUUUCCCGAAACCAGGAAGUUUUAUUCAAGAUAUCAUAUAUAAUGCUGAAAUGGAUCAAAUUGUGGAGCUAGUGAAUCGUUCCUAUAUUUGUAAACAACAUCUAGGUUAUGAAUGUUUAAAUUCAAAUUUAUUUAAUACUCCAGUUUCAGAGAAAGAUCCAUUUUUGCCUUUUUCUUGGUGGGUAAGUCGAAAUAAUCAGAAAAUGGAUUAUUGGGGAGGAUCUCUACCAGGAACUCGAAAAUGCAGUUGUGGAUUAUAUGGGACUUGUGUAAAUAGAAAUAAGUGGUGCAACUGUGAUGCAGAAAAAAAUGAGUGGCAUAUUGACGAAGGGGAAAUUAUUCAGAAAGAAUAUUUACCAGUUCGUCAGUUACGAUUUGGUGAUACAGGUUUAACUACUGAUGACAAAAAAGGACGUUACAUGCUGGGACCUUUAGAAUGCAGUGGAGAUUAUUUAUUUGAUAAUAUUGUUACCUUUCGGUAUGAGGAUGCAACUCUAGAGUUACCAACUUUUGACUUUGGACAUUCAGGAGAUAUUUACUUCCAGUUUAAAACUACUGCCAAAAACGGAGUGUUUGUUCACAUUCGUGGUCCAGUUGAUUUCAUAAAAAUUGUUUUAGUUGAGGAAGAUCAUAUACAGUUUCAGUAUCGUGCAGGACAUAGUGCAUCAGGAGCAAUGCUAGAUGUGCCAUACAAAAUAAAUGAUAACAACUGGCAUUCAGUUUUAUUUGAACGAAACCGUAAAGAAGCUAAAUUAAUUCUUGAUGGAAAUAUUGUUGGAACUGCAAAAGAACUGGUACAUCCAGUUAGAGCUUUUCAUUUUACAAGUAAUUUAGUCAUAGGUGCCUCUGUUGACUAUAGAGAAGGAUAUGUUGGUUGUAUACGAGCAUUUAUGCUAAAUGGUAAGAUGGUAGAUUUGUUAGGUAUAGCUGAAAGAGGACAAUAUGGAAUAUCACCAGGUUGUGUUGGUAAAUGCAUGAGUAACCCUUGCUUAAAUAAUGGCACAUGUUUGGAAGGUUAUUCUGGAUAUACUUGUGAUUGUCAGUGGACAGCAUUUAAAGGACCAAUAUGUGCAGAUGAAAUUGGUGUGAAUUUACAUUCGGAUCAAUACAUACGAUAUGAUUUUGAAAAUUCAAUUUCAACACUGGAAGAAUAUAUAAGAGUAGGUUUUACUACUACUGAUAAAACUGGAAUGAUUCUUGGAAUUUCUUCGAAAACAGGAGAAUAUUUGAAUCUCAUGAUGUCAGCUAGUGGCCAUCUGAGAUUAGUAUUUGAUUUUGGAUUUGAACGUCAAGAAAUAAUUAUCAGAGAUGAAAACUUUGCAUUAGGACAGGUACAUGACAUAAUUAUAAAGAGAAGCCAGAAAGGAUCUACAAUUACAAUAAAAGUAGAUAAUUAUGCACCAAAAGUUAAAACCUACCCAAUAGAUAAAAAAGCUGAUGCCCAGUUCAACCAAUUAGAAAGUAUUUAUGUUGGAAGAAAUGAGACGAUGGGGACAGGAGAUGGAUUUAUCGGAUGUAUAUCGAAAGUGCAGUUCGAGGAUCAUUUUCCUCUAAGGAGAGCAUUUCAAGAAGGGAGACGAGGAAACCUUUACCUGCAUCCAGAAACGGUUAGAGAAGACAACUGCGGUAUCGAACCGGUCACUUAUCCCCCCGAGAGAAGCGAAACGCGUCCUCCACCCACUCUUCCUCCGGGAGUGUUUUUAGAAGCCGUGCGGGCGGAAAGUGAAGACGCUGCAAUAUUAGGAGGUGUUCUAGUCAUCAUAUUCCUUGCUCUGAUUCUAAUGGCGAUAUUAAUAGGCCGUUACAUGUCUCGACACAAAGGUGAAUAUAGGACUCACGAAGAUACGGGAGCCAAGGAUGCUCCCGACGCGGACACGGCAGUGAUCCAGAGUAAGACGGGACACGGCGUACCGAAGAAGAAAGAAUGGUUCAUCUGAAUUGCCUUAUUUCUCGACGGAGCUCUCGGAGGAGAGUUAUUUUUAUUUCGGUCCGAGAUUGAGACGGGAGCGUUUAUAAAUACUUGACAAAAAAAAAAUUAAUGCCGAUAGGAAAAGAGGGGUGCCGUUUUCCGAGCGAAUGACGGAAAAUUGCCACGUGGCUUUGGUCUCAAUGAAAUUGUUAAUCGCGAUCCCUGAUGUAUUUUACGAAAUCGAUAUUUGUAGCGAAACCGUUUAACCGGGAGAACUGUGAUGACUGAACUAUCGACUGGGAGAGUAAAUGACGUCAUGUACGUCGUUUACGUUCAAGUGCUCGGG